UUGCAUUUGUUGUGUCAAGAAAAGAUAUUUUUAUAAAGAUAAAUAAAAAGAUGAUUAAGUUCAAAAUUUCCGCACCAGGCAGAAUCAUUUUAUCAGGGGACCACACGGUGACGUUUGGAAAUCAUUUUGUUGUGGCCGGCUUAGAUCUUCGCACCAAUCUAGAAUUCUGCGAACUAUCAGAUGAGCAAACUAACAUUAGAAUAGAGUUUCAGGAUUAUGAGAAGGAUGUACCUUUACAAGAAGUUCAAUGCUUAUCUUCUCGACUUAUUCGCGAAAACUUGUUUUCCGAUCAAGUCAAUUUGCUUAAAGAAGUGAAUUCCUUUAUCAACGUAAACAAUAUGUGGGAGAAAACCGAGCAGAAAAUUAGCUUACUAAUGCUCUUUUUCUUACUUUGUACUGUUACUUACAAAGAGCAUCUUGUCAUAAAACCUUUUCGAUUACACGUGUCCACUGAAAUUCCUUUUGAAAAUGGUCUUGGCGGUUCGACAUCAUUCGUGGUUUGUCUGGCAGCGUGUUUUCUUCAUUGGAAGCGUCUACAGAGUGGUGUUCAUAUUAGAUUUAAUGAACAAGACUUAGAGAAGAUUGAAGAAUACACUAGAUCUUGUGAGGGCAUUUUGCAAAAGGAUGCAUUAGCAACGAUCGAUGCCAAAGUUUGCGUAUAUGGCCGUAUAAAUAAAUGCAAACAUAUUCAUUCUAAUGUUUAUGAUAUGAAGUGUAUAGAUGUUGUUAAAACAGGAAUAAAGAUUCUAUUGAUCGGGACACAUCUUUGCCUAACGGAAGCACAAAGAUAUAAGCAAAUAGCAGAUCUGAUGUUGUCACGUAGCAAUUUUAAUUCUAUUUUUAAUGAAUUGGACGAAAUAGCAAUAAAUAUAUUUGAUGACCUAAAUUAUAUUAAUAAUAACAUAGAAAAUUCUGAUGCUUACAAUGACUUACAGAGAGACAUUAAGAAAAAUCAACAAAUGUUGAGCAAAUAUGAUUUGUCGUAUUUUGAAUUUGAUAUUGUUUCCUGCCUUGGAAGUGGAUUUAAUUUGGCAGGAAAACUUACAGGUUUUAAAGCGUUUUAAAAAUUAAAUACUUAAGAAGACAUAUGUACGGGUUCUUGGAGAAAAAUAGAAUUUAAUUUACCUGCUAAAUAAAAUCAAAUGCGCAUGUAACAAGUAUCAAAUAGAAUAUCGAGAAGAAACGACAAAUAUAAUCUCCAAAUUUUUCUCAUUUUAUGAGAAUAUAUUUUUUUAUAUAUUAAUUCCAAUAAAUAUAUUUGUGAGAGCUACGUAAAUUUAACUCUCUACCAUUCAACGUUGCAUCAGUUUUGUCAAGAAGAAGAAAUAUUUUCAUAAAGAUGAAUAAAAAGAUGAUUAAGUUUAAAAUUUCCGCACCAGGUGAAAUCAUCUUAUCUGGGGAACACACGGUGAUGUUUGGAAAACAUUUUGUUGUGGCCGGCUUAGAUCUUCGCACCAAUCUAGAAUUCUGCGAACUAUCAGAUGAGCAAACUAACAUUAGAAUAGAGUUUCAGGAUUAUGAGAAGGAUGUACCUUUACAAGAAGUUCAAUACUUAUUUUCUCGACUUAUUCGCGAAAACUUGUUUUCCGAUCAAGUCAAUUUGCUUAAAAAAGUGGAUUCCUUUAUCGACGUAAACAAUAUGUGGGAGAAACCCGAGGAGAAAAUAAGCUUACAAAUGUUCUUUUUCUUGCUUUUUAUUAUCAUUUACGAUAUGGAGCACGAAGUAAAACCUUUUCGUUUACGCGUGUCCACUGAAAUUCCUUUUGGAGAUUGUUUUGGCAGUUCAACUUCGUUCGCGGUUUGUCUGGCAGCGUGUUUUCUUCGUUGGAAGCGUCUACAAAGUGGUGAUUAUAUCAGAUUUAAUGAACAAGACUUACAGAAGAUUGAACAUUACACUAAAUCCUGUGAGAACAUAAUGGUAUAUUCUACGUUUAAGCCGCUCGAUGCCAAAGUUUGCAUAUAUGGCAGUAUAAAUAAAUGCAUAAGUAAUAAUUAUCAAUCUUGUUCUAUCGAGGAAACUAUAAAUUUAACAACAGGAAUGAAGAUUCUAUUGAUCGACACACAUCGCUUACAAUCAGACAAAUACAGCAUAUAUCUGCAAAUGCUAGAGUUAAAAUAUUUCCGUCCUAGCUAUUUCAAUUCAAUUUUAAAUGAUUUAGAGAAAAUAGCAACAAGAAUAUUUAAUGAUCUUUAUAAUAUUAAUAAUAAUAUAAAAGAUCCUGAUGCUUAUAGCAACUUACAAAGAGACAUUAAGAGAAAUCAACAAAUGUUAAGCAGAUAUGACUUGUCGUAUUUUGAAUUUGAUAUUAUUACCUGCCUUGGAGGUGGAUUCAAUUUGUCAGGAAAGCUUACAGGUUUUGGAGGCAGAUAUGUAUACUUUCUGUUACCACCAAGAAUAACACAGGAAGAAAUCAAACGUAUUACCAAUUUUUUUCGUAUAAAAGAUGCAGUUACAAAAUUGCUACAAUAGGCUGUGACGGAUUGAGAAUUAAUUAAUCCUACUAAAAUUAUAACAAUUACAUAUAAAUAAUUAAUUAUUAUUAAAUUGAUAGAAUACAAAAAAGAUAAAGCAAAAUUACUAACUUGAUAUUUGUGAAAUUUAAAAAAAAAUUACGAUUUCUUAAUAAUGUCGCAUUGAAUUAUGAAAUAAAAAGUGGGAAAACUUAGAAUUGAAAAUUCUUGU